AAAUCACUCCUACUUUACGUAGUUCUCUCAGCCAAAGAGGAAUUUGGGUCGAGUUUUUUUCCUCUUUUUUUCCCCCUGCAGCCUGAGAACCACGUAGCGUCCCUGAUGUGUUUGUAAACGGAAGGAUCUGGAUACUUUUAGAGCAAGAAGAAUGGACUUUUACCAGCGUAGACGAUGAAUGUCUGAGCUCAAGCUGACAGUUUAACUUUACAUGGAGUUUAUUGUGGCUCAGUCCAAACUGAGGCACUGAGGGGGAUCGGAAUUUACCGGUGAACACGCUGGGAGGGGGGAAAACGAGACCAGAAGACUGCCUUAACCCCAAGAAGAGAAAAGUGCAGCUUUUAAACCCCUUUUUUUUUAAAGCGACUCAUUCGCUUUCCUCCUCCUCCUCCUCCUCUUUGGGCUGAAGAACAUCUCCAGUCAUGGCGAAAAAGUACGAUUUCCUCUUUAAGCUGUUGCUGAUCGGAGACAGCGGGGUCGGUAAAACAUGCCUCAUCAUCCGUUUUGCCGAGGACAACUUCAACUCCACGUACAUCUCCACCAUCGGAAUUGACUUUAAAGUAAAAACAGUUGACGUGGAUGGAAAGAAAGUGAAACUGCAAGUGUGGGACACAGCGGGACAGGAGAGGUUCAAGACCAUCACCACAGCCUACUACAGAGGAGCCAUGGGCAUCAUCCUGGUUUAUGACAUCACUGACGAGAAGUCCUUUGAAAACAUUCAAAACUGGAUGAAGAGCAUCAAGGAAAAUGCGUCGGCUGGGGUCAGUCAGAUGCUCCUAGGAAAUAAAUGUGACAUUGAGCCAAAACGGAAAGUGUCCAAAGAGACGGGAGAGAAGCUGGCAAAGGAUCACGGUAUCAGGUUCUUCGAGACCAGUGCAAAGUCCAGCAUCAACGUGGAGGAGUCUUUUCUAGGUUUGGCACGAGACAUACUGCAUAAAUCCACCAAGAAGCCGGGAAUGGCAGGGAAAGAGGUGAAAGUCACCAGCGGUACAGAGAAACAGCCCUCAAAGUGUGCCAUUCUCUAGAAGUGAGAUCCGCAGUACGCCUCAGAUGUUAAGGAGCGCCUCCAAUGUUGUCAUGGAAAAAAGGCAAAAGCCUCUCUGUCUCCAUCUGCUGGGCAAGAAGCUCCAACGCAAAGUGCUGAGAGCAUAUUUUUUAUACCUAAACUGUGUUCCCUUUGUUUUAGUCUACAAGAAUUAUAGCGUGCCCAUAUUAAUUUAUUAUUCUGAGUGAUAUUUUUUUUUUUUACUUUUUUUUUUUUUUUGGAAUUGUCACAAAAACGCCCAAAAAUUAUCCGAAAAGCCUGAAUCCAACGUCUUCCAGGUCUCUUGUUUUCCUACUAAUUCCUUAUACCUUAUAACCGCACUCAUUAUCAUUCCUACACCAGCACUGUUUUAAUGUGAUCAUUUAUUUAUCCUAGCACACGCUGUAGCAGCUUUAAGGAGUUUGCUGUGAAAUGUUCUGAUUUGUAGAUCUUGGAAGUAUCAAAGGCUUUUUUUGUGUGUGUGUAAUCCCUUUUAUGUCCAAGUGCCAAAUUCCUGUUAAACAUGUGUAGGUAUUUUAAAUAGUAGAGCAUAUUAUUAAAAUAGAUCAUAGAUUAUAUACAUAAUCUAUGGUAUAAUAGAUUAUAUCAUUGACAUACAUGUCCACAGUGGGUUUUUUUUUCUGCCUUGCGUUAGACAACAAACAAUUUCCAUGAUUUUUAAAAAAACAAGAAUGUGAACAAGUUUGUAGCUGAUGUGGAUUUUUUUUUCUAAUUCCCAUAAGGUCAAAAAUAAACAUACACACCCCUGCUUACAUUUAGACAAAUAUCCUUUAGCAAGUUGAAUCCUCGGCCACGAGCUUUUUGUAGGCAUCAACAAGCUUUUGCCAUGAUUCUAGCCGCACAUUGUGAUUGAAAUUGUAGCAAUAAUUUAGAGUGGUUGGUUUCCAGGCACUGAGCCAAUUUUUAAACAUAAUCUGAGUCUUCAAUAACUUCUGGGUUGGGCAUUUGGGGCGGCCAUUAUGGAAGCUUGAUGUUAGCCUGAUUUAUCCACUUCAAAUACCUCUUAUAUGUGUUUGAGACCAUUUAGUUGUUAAAAUACCCAAUUUUGUCCAAAGUUUCAACCAUCUAGCGGUUGCUUUGACUACUAUUUUAUUCACUUCUACUCCACAGCAUGAUGCUGCCACUGCCAUGCUUGACAAUUGCUACAGCAUUCUUUAGGUCUUAGGUUAGUUGCAAUAAAGUUCUGUUUUUCUUCUUUUCUCCUCAUCUGUGCUUCCUAGGCUCUGUGACCUUUAGCAUUUUGGGCAAAGUCAUUUUAAUGUGAGCAUCUGCUGCAGCGAGACUCUGUCCGACUGGCAAGACGUGACAUCAGUAUGCACAAUGCAUGCUGAUAACACUUGGAAUAUAUUAGCCAACUAUCACACUGACACUGAGAUGACAAUAUAGCUGCAAUAUAUUGUUCAGCUUGCUUCACAGUGUUUGCGUUCCAGCGCCUUUCAGUUUAUAUUUUUCUUGAGCCUUGGUUGUGUUCCUGGGUCGCUCCUACACAUGCUUAGCAGUUUCAUUUUAUCUGACCAUGGCCGUUCUUCCAAAUAAAAAUGAAAACUAGUUAAUAGAAGGCAUUAAGCUUCCUAUGAUCUCAAGCACAUUAAAUAUUUGUGGACUAUUUGUAAAAAGCCAAGGCUGUGGCAGGAAACCAACCAGCUCAAAUUAACUACGCCACUCCUCCCAAGAAGACAGGCCAAGCAUCUGAACAAAACAAUGCCAGAAGCUUGUUAGAUUAAAUUCAAACCUGUGCAUCCAGCUCUUGUUUUUAAAAAUUUGUCCAUUUGUCCAACCUGAGGAGAAAAAAAUGGCUGAAAUGCAUCAUUAAAGGCCCGGACUUGAUGAGGCUUACCUGUAUGUAACCUAACCUGGCCUCCUAAACCGGACGUUUAAAUUUUUCAUCAUUUUCUCAUGCAAGUACAAUAUAGAAAUGUCUUUAUUUUAAUAUUCAGAAUUUCCCAGUCAUGUUGUUUACUCCCUGAGAAUCAGAUAACUGAACAGUGUUCAGCUCCUUUUAACAGUCAAAGAGAGCGCGUCAUCAAAUGCUAAAGAUCCUGUUGACUUCCUCUUUUCCUCCCCCAACGUGUUUUAAAAUCUCUCCCCAUAUUAAUGAAUCCCACAAAUGGAAUCCAAACACAAGCUGCUUUCCAAACAAGCCCUGUUUCAGUAGAUGGAUGAAGAAUGUGGACGAUUUCAAGCAGAGAUUAAGAAGUGCAAUCCGAGAAGGCAGAGAUGGAAAAAAGGAUGGGUGUUAGUAAGUGAAAGGACAGGAUGUGAGAGCCGAGGAAGCAGCAGAGCAUGCAUGCCCCUCACGAUGAAUUGAUUUAAAUGGGCUUGCCUUUUAUUUGAAGUGCCUGAACGUUACCGCACAUUAGCUACAUCUGACAUGACGGUCUCCCUGCUUAUAGGCUGUUUUUAAAAUGCUGGAGAGGAAAAAAAAAAAACACUCCCACUGCAGGUGUUAAUAAUGGCAGCUUGAUGUUCUGCUUUCAGACCAGGUUUCUUCAAAACUAUCUUCUUUUUAUAUUUGUUACACUUUUAUUGUUCUGGAUCUGCCAUUUUAGUACUUUACAGACUUGAGUCUUCAUAAAUAAGUCGAAUACAAUAAAAGGACUUCUGGUUGGGA